AUGUCGUGUUUGAAAACGACACGGUUAGCACGAACGGUAAAGUUUCUCUCCACAAAGACCUCAUCACCCACGAUACAAGACUUAAACAGAUAUGAUAAUCUUCCAUCAAACUCGAGAGUGUUUUCCAUGGUACAACCCACAGGAAGAAUACAUUUGGGGAACUACUUGGGUGCAGUUAAAAGUUGGAGAACCUUAUCCAACUCCAAUCCUGAUAGUGAGUUUAUAUUUGGAAUUGCAGACUUACACGCAUUUACAAUUUUCAAACCCGCUGAAGAAUUGAAGGAGAAUAGAUAUCAAGCAAUUGCAAGUUUAUUGGCCAGUGGUUUAAACACAUCCAAAUGUACAUUGUACUUUCAAUCGGCUGUGCCCGAGCAUCUGGAAUUAAAUUGGUACCUAACAUGUAUGACGAGUAUGGGACAAUUGAAUAGAAUGACGCAAUGGAAACUGAAGGCACAACAAUCGCAGACAAGUUCAAUAAUAGAUGAAAAGGUGAUGGACUCAACAAAAGCUGGUGUGUUUUGUUACCCGGCUUUGCAAGCUGCCGACAUUUUACUAUACAGGUCGACGCACGUCCCAGUUGGUGACGACCAAUCUCAACAUUUGGAGCUCUGUAGAAACAUUGCAAAGCUAUUCAACAAUUCAUAUAAUGUCGACUACUUUCCCUUGCCCAAGACCUUGCUAACUCCAGCAAAGAAGAUCCUAAGCUUGAAGAACCCGGAAAAGAAAAUGUCCAAAUCUGAUCCGGUACAGGCAUCUUGUGUCUAUGUAACCGAUUCGCCAGAACAGAUCCAGUUGAAAAUAAGAAAGGCAACCACUGACUCGAUACAAGGUGCUUGGAACUUUGAUCCAGUGGUGAGACCAGGUGUGUCAAAUUUGAUCAACAUAAUAUCUGGGUUGACAAAUGAAUCAAUUGAAGAAACUGUCGCAAGUAUACAACAUUUAAAAGACCACAAGAGUUUAAAGGAUUAUGUUGCUGAGUUGAUUGUCAAUGAAUUCGAUGAUAAAAGGCAAUUAUACGACGAACUUCUCAAGAAUAGAGAUUAUCUUGACCAGGUAUGUAGGCAGGGGAGAGAUAAAGCUAGAGAAAGAGCUUUGAUAAACAUCAGAGAGAUUAAGAACAUCGUAGGAAUGGAUUAG